AUGGGAACGUCUGAAGAUUCUCCAGGAAGUGACUGGAUCGAUGCUGCCGAAAAAGCAUUAUCAGUGACUUUUCCUGCUAGCUAUAAGUGGUUUUUAAACAAUUAUGGUGGCGGAGAUAUCUGUGGUGAGGAAAUUUAUAGUAUUUACUGCCUGCCUUUUGAUGAGGCGGUAGGUGGAGAUAUAGUAUAUCAAAAUACUAUAGCAAAUGAUAAUUUAAAAAAAGGAAGAGUUGUUGUAUCGAAUACGGAUUUUGGCGAAGAGUUCUUUUUUGAUGCAAAUAAAAUGGAAAAAAUAUAUGUAUCAUUAGGGGAGAAUGUUCAACCCUAUGCUGAUAAUUUUAUUGAGUAUCUCAAGAAACGAUUGUUUGCAUACAUUUAA